GGUUUUACUUCAGAAGGAAGUAACGUUAGUGGAAGUUGUGGUGCAGAGGUAUUUAAUUAACUGCCUUUACAGUUUGUUACUACAUCUGUGUAGUUAAUGUAACAUUUAAGAAAAGGUAAUAUGCGGAAAAAAUAGCUAUUGAUUUUUCUGAUAUUUUUAAUCCAACGGCCGUUUCUCUCGCCGUAAACGCAGUUCUGAUAUCGCGAGCGAUUAUAUGUUUCAUUGUGCGCUCGUGACAGUGGUGCAUGUGCGUUUAUUCAAGCUCAAUAAAUGCUGCUUCUGGGGCUUGGUUUCAACGUUAGCGGUUCGGUUCUCUCACUUUCUUUAAGGAGCUGUGGGUUUCUAGCUAGCACGUAAGAUCAUGCAAUCGGUCCAAAAAGUGAAUUGCAUGAGUGAUGGUGCUGGAAAUGUAGGCAGAUGCGUUAAAGAUGACGCGAAUUCGGACAGAUCUGACUCACUGAAGGUGGCCGAAGAGAGACAUCCGAGAACCGGCAGUCCGCGCGGCGCUAACGGGGAUGAUGACUCUGAAGCGGAGGCACACUUGGACGGGCGUAACGUGGAUGUGGACCCGGAUACUAGAAGGAGGGCGUUCACCUGGUGCCGAGACUUUCUGUCCGGGUCUUGGAAGACAAUAUCAGAACAUGACUUUCGGAUCAAAAUAGUAAGUGGAGGACUCAGUAACCUGCUGUACAUGUGCAGUUUACCACACGAUGUUCAGCCUUCCGGGACCGAACCUCGAAGAGUUCUGCUCCGGAUCUACGGGGCCAUUCUGCAGGGAGUGGAUUCUCUUGUUUUGGAAAGUGUGAUGUUUGCCAUUUUAGCAGAGAGAGAGUUGGGCCCACGUCUCUAUGGCAUUUUCCCAGAAGGCCGUCUUGAGCAGUACUUGCCUAGUAAUCGUUUGUGUACGAAGCAGUUGGGGUUCCCAGAGAUCUCGGCUGAAAUAGCCUGUAAGGUGGCACGAUUCCAUGGCAUGGAGAUGCCAUUCAACAAAGAACCCAAAUGGCUGUUUGGAAACAUUGAUAGGUACAUGGAGGAAGUUAAAACAAUAAAAUUUGUACGUGAAGCUCACAUUAAGAAAUUUAAGAAGCUGAUGAAGUAUGAUCUUCCUGCAGAACUGGAGAGUCUGAGGUCACUGCUGGCAGCUACUCCCUCUCCUGUUGUGUUCUGCCAUAAUGAUGUACAGGAAGGGAAUAUCCUUAUGUUGGAUGGGCGAGAGAAUUCAUCUGACAAACUAAUGCUUAUUGAUUUUGAAUACAGCAGUUAUAACUACAGAGGCUUUGAUUUUGGGAAUCAUUUCUGUGAAUGGAUAUAUGACUACACAUAUGACCAGUGGCCCUUCUUCGAGGCAAAAGUGGAGAAUUACCCUAAUAGACAACAGCAGUUACAUUUUAUCAGACACUAUCUGUCAGAAAGGGGAGGAAUUGCACCUGCAGACCAAGCCAUGAUAGAGGAGGACAUAAUCAUUGAGGCAAACCGGUUUGCCCUUGCGUCUCAUUUCCACUGGGGUCUGUGGUCCAUUAUUCAAGCCAAGAUCUCCAAAAUCGAGUUUGGAUACAUGGACUACGCACAGCACAGGUUUGAAACGUACUUCAAACAGAAGAAGCUCAUUUCCUAAAUGGCACUUGCAGAUUGUGCUUCAGGAUAUCAUUUUGCAUCAUUUAUACUGUUGUUGUUGUUUUUUUAACCAUUCAUGGAAGGGCACAGUACAAAACAAUUAAGACUGUUAAAGAACGGUUAAACCUGGGGAACAUUCUUAUUGUUAUAUUAUAUUAUUAUAUAAAAAGUCCAAAGCUCCUGCCUUAGACUAAUUUUGUAGGGCUUUAUAGUUGUUUUGUCCCUUGCAAAAACUUGAAGUUACAAAUGAUCUGCAACUUAAUGGUUUGAUUAAGACCUAGAUAUAAUCCAUCCAUUCAUUGUUGGUACCACUUUCUUAAUACAAGGCACUCUGUAAAUUGAUUUAGUCUGUUUAUUUUGUAAUCUAGCAGCAUUUUUUAAAUUAUUUUAUUUGUUUACAUUUUAUCUAACAUAUAUGUGGUCAACAUUAUCUAUUAAGAAUCAAUGGCCCUCAUUUAUCAAAAGUGCGUACACCAAAUUUCCAGCGUACACCUUGCGUACACCCAAAACCACGGUGACUUUGAGAUUUAUCAAUAUGGACGUUGGCGUACGGCACGCUCAAAUCCUACACCAGCUCAGGAGGUGGUGUAGGCACGUCUUGAGUUAGUGAGGAAAUGCGGAGAAAAAUUCCUAACACCACUUAACGCACUGAAAAGAUAUGAUUAUGACCCACUACAAAAAAAAAAAA